AAAAAAUAAACACGGCACACAGUUUUGCACUGAGUUUCUUCCCCGAGUUGGCGAAGAAACCCAGAGAAGUAACACAACACAGAAGUAGAAUCUUCUUUAGUCAUCUCCCGCAAGUUUAGGAAAGCUCUGAAAUUAGGGUUUUUCGUCUGCGAUCACGAUCCUUCAAUUACUUUGCGAUAAUGGAGAAGAUAAGACAACCAACACAUGCAGGCUCUUGGUAUACCGAUAAUCCUACAAAAUUGUCAUCUGAUCUUGAAGAAUGGCUUAAUGCAACUGGUUUGACCAAAUCUCCUGAUGUACGAGGCGUCAUUGCACCACACGCAGGUUAUUCGUACUCCGGUCGUGCAGCUGCUUAUGCUUUUGCAAACAUAGAUCCUACUAACAUUUCACGGAUAUUUCUUCUUGGUCCAUCUCACCACUUUUAUACUCCAAAAUGUGCCCUUUCGACUGCAACAGUUUAUAAAACCCCCAUUGGAAAUCUACCUGUUGAUGUGGAGAUGAUUAAGGAGAUACGAGCUAUGGGAAAAUUUGGAAUGAUGGAUCUACGGGUCGAUGAGGCUGAGCACAGCAUGGAAAUGCACUUACCGUAUUUGGCCAAAGUAUUUGAAGGGAACAAUGUGAAAGUUGUACCCAUCUUGGUUGGAGCAGUAAGUCCAGAGAAUGAAGCCAUGUACGGUGAAUUGCUUGCUAAAUAUGUGGACGAUCCCAAGAACUUUUUCUCAGUGUCCUCUGACUUUUGCCACUGGGGCUCAAGGUUUAAUUACAUGCAUUAUGACAACACUCAUGGUGCUAUACACAAAUCGAUUGAGGCUCUAGACAAGAAGGGAAUGGAUAUAAUAGAGACAGGAGAUCCUGAUGCCUUUAAGAAGUAUCUUCUGGAAUUUGAAAACACGAUUUGUGGGCGCCACCCGAUCAGUAUUUUUCUCCAUAUGCUAAAACAUUCAUCAAGCAAGAUUAAGAUCAAUUUCCUGCGGUACGAGCAGUCAAGCCAAUGCCAGACAAUGCGAGACAGCAGUGUCAGCUAUGCAUCUGCUGCAGCCAAGUUGGAAACAUGAACUAAAGAUAGUCAAAAACUUGGUGUGCAAAAUUUCCCAUUUGGUUUCAAGGUCUUUCAGGGUCGAAAAGUAUAAUCUUAAUGCAUAUAUCUAUGCGAAGAACCUUAGAAAACCAAAGGUUUCGUGUUUACAUUUCACUGUAAUAACAAGUACAAGACUCUCCUUCAUUGACUGGUAUCUAAAUUUUCAUUUUUCUCAGUGGACUAUGUUCAGACAUGAAAGCACAAAUCAAGUAUCUUGAGACUUGAAACAUUUUGCUUAAGAUCUACAGAGACAUACAUCAA